GACGGGUUGGACGAUGGCCCAGAACAAGCUGUUCAACAAGAUUCACAAAGCGCUGCAGUCCGACCGCCUGGCUCGCUUGGCCAACGAAGGGGCUUGCAACGAGCCAGUCCUGAGGAGGAUAGCGGUGGACAAGUGCGCUCGGAGGGUCCGCCAAGCUCUGGCCAGCGUGAACUGGGACACCAAACUGAUCCAGUGGCUUCACACGACGUUAGUGGAAACCCUGAGUUUGCCCGUGCUGGCUGCUUACCUGGAUGCUCUGCAAACGCUGAAAGGGAAGAUCCCCACCCUGAUCGACAGGAUGCUGCUCUCCUCCACCGCGAAGACGGGGGCAGCAGGUGCCGAGGCUCUGUCUCUGCUGCUGAAGAGACCUUGGGACCCAGCAGUGGGCGUCCUGUCCCACAACAAACCAAGCAAAUUGCCUGGUUCCCCCCUCAUCCUGAUCGCUUCCUCCGGACCCUCCAACUCCAUGUUCCCCACUUCCCGCCGGCACCGGUUCUGGCAGUCGCAGCUUUCCUGCUUGGGAAAGGUUUGUAUGGUUGGCUUGGAAAGGAGGGAAGUUCAACCUAGCAGCUGCCCUAAGCUGCAGNNCCUGGAACACAUGAUCGGGGCGGUGAGGGGAAAAGUGGCGGAGAUUCACAGCCAUUUCUCUCACAAGCCGAUCAUCCUGAUCGGGUGGAACACGGGGGCUUUGGUGGCCUGUCACGUUUCAGUGAUGGAGUAUGUCACUGCAGUUGUGUGCCUUGGAUUCCCGCUUCUCACCGUCGAUGGCCCCAGAGGGGAUGUUGACGACCCCCUCCUGGAGAUGAAGACCCCUGUCCUCUUUGUGAUCGGUCAGAAUUCCCUGCAGUGCAACGUCGAAGCGAUGGAAGAUUUCGGGGAGAAGGGGGGAGCCGAUAACAGCAUGGUGGUGGUGGGAGGAGCAGAUGACAAUCUCAGGAUAAGCAAAGCCAAAAAGAAGUCAGAAGGCCUGACCCAGAGUAUGGUGGACAGGUGCAUCCAGGAUGAAAUAGCUGACUUCUUGACUGGAGUCCUCACCCGAGCAGAGAGCCACUCGGGCUCCGAUCCCCGUGACCUGGAUGCUGAGAAGAAGAAGAAGCCUCGUGACUCGACCAGGAGGGAUCUGUCGUUCGACUUGCCGGAAAGAAGCAGCAGGCCCGCCUCGCCAGCAGCCAAAGUGCCCGCCUCGCCUUCGGGCUCCGAGGACUUAUCCAGCGUUUCCAGCAGCCCCACGUCAAGCCCCAAGACUAAAAUGGCCGCCGUGGCCUCCCUCCAGAAGCCCAGCCAGAUCGGCCCCGCGCAGCUGCUGAAGAGGCAAGUGCAGAGGACGGACGCCGUCCUGACGCACAAGCAGGCACAAGCUCAGUUCGCUGCUUUUCUGAAACAAAACAUGCUGGUGAGGAAAGCUCUUCCUCCUGGCACCUCUUCAUGUCUCUUUG